CAUCAUUCUGCGACAGGCUUGCCAGCACACAAAAACCACAACACAGACACUCAAACAAAAUAAUCGUUGCUGAUUGCAUGUGGUUUGCGAAAUAUCGAUGUUGAUACGUAGCAAUUCCAGGCCCCCCUGCACCGUCUUCUCAUAGUGCUUUUGUGUGAGCGCGGUUGGGAUGGGCCAGCAGAUCUCAGGGCAGGCGGUGAUGACCAGUCUACCUGAGAAGCUGAUGAAACACGCCAGGCUGGUAACAGACAGCGGUUACCUCAACUACGAGGAGUUCCUGGGCAGGGUGGCAGAGCUCAAUGACAUGACAGCUAAGCUUGCAGCUGGACAGCAAAAACACCUGAUCUUUGAAGUCCAGACUGGCUCGGACGCCUCUGCUCUGUGGAAAGUGGCUGUGAGGAUAGUUUGUACCAAGAUCAACAAAGAGAAUGGGAUGGUGGAGGCGUCUCGCAUCAUGAACCUGUACCAGUUCAUUCAGCUGUACCGUGACAUUACCAGCCAGGCAGCAGAGGUGCUGUCAGCAGAGGGUGCCAGGCUCCCGUCUGGAAACCUCCCAUCAGGGGACUCCUGUCAGGCCAGCAUGUGGAUGGGCAGGGUAAAGCAGUUGACUGAUGAGGAAGAGUGCUGUAUCUGCAUGGAUGGGAAAUCUGACCUCAUCCUGCCUUGUGCUCAUAGCUUCUGUCAGAAGUGCAUUGACAAGUGGAGUGGGCAGAGCAGGAAUUGUCCGAUAUGCCGCUUGCAAGUGACCGCUGCUAAUGAGUCGUGGGUGAUGCCUGAUGCCCCUACAGAGGAGGACGUAGCUGCCUAUAUCCUCAACCUGGCUGACGAGGCAGGCCAUCCACACAGACCUUAAACUGCUCAACACUAAGACACUUUGAUAAACUAGUGACAGACAAACUGACAUCGGGAAUAGUUUGGGGUUUUUCCUGACUUAGUGUAGGGCCUGUAGUUUUUCCUCAUCAGGAAAAAACCUUGGCCUAGUUUUGGGGUAUGAAGAUAGGAUUUAGUUUGCUUUAUAGAAAUGUGCCUAUAUGAUCUUCACUUUUAACAAUAACCACUGGUUAUAUUUAUUUUAUGUUCUCUUUUUUACUUUUUCAUAUUUUUACAUGAUUGCUCUCCAAAGUGGAUGUGUAUAUAAGAUUUAAAGGUGUGUAUAUACACUUGGUGGCCAGCUUAUUAGGUACACUACGCCAUUCAGGAAAAUGGUUUGUUUCUACAGACAGUGAGUCACGUGGCCGUGGCUUGCCAUAUAAAGCAGGCAGACAGGCAUCGAGGCAUUCUGUUCGAUUGAAUGUUAGGAUGGGGUCAAAAACAGCUCGUUGAUGAGAGGUCGAAGGAGAAUGGCAAGAAUCAUGUAAGCUAACAGGUGGGCCACAAACGGGUAAAUAACAACGCAGUACAACAGUGGUGUGCAGAACAGCAUCUCAGAACGCACAACUCGUUGGUCCUUGUCACAGAUGGGCUAUUACAGCAGACGACCACACCGGGUUCCACUCUUAUCAGCUAAAAACAAGAAGAAGUGGUUCCAGUGGGCAAAUGAUCACCAAUACUGGACAAUUGAGGAGUGGAAAAACACUGCCUGGUCCGACGAAUCCUGGUGCGUGUUGCGUCAUGCUGGUGGUAGAGUCAGGGUUUGGCAUAAGCAGCAUGAGUCUAUGGCCCCAUCCUGCCUUUUCUCAACAGUACAAGCUGGUGGUGUAAUGGUGUGGGGAAUGCUUUCCUGGCACACUUUAGGUCCCUUAAUAUCAAUUGAGCAUCGUUUCCAUGCCCUUUAAAAUUCAGGCUGUUCUCGAGGCAAAUGAGGGUCCGACCUGGUACUAGAUGAGUGUACCUAAUAAGUUGGCCACAUUGUUUCCGUUCAGCUUGGUUAUACCUACUCUUAGAAUUGCGCUUUGAAUCCUGGAUAAUAGUAGAUGUUUUAGUAUAACUUAUAGGCAGCUCUGUAACUGCUGUUGAACUUCGCAUAAAUCACUGAAUACUUUAAUCUUGAAAUCCACACACUCUGUGGGAAUGGUUUGUAAUUUCAUGAAAUGUGAAAAUAAGUACAAUAAUCUCAUGGAUGCUUUAGCCAGGAUAAAGCUUUCUAUUUUCUCUUUAAUCAACAUGUUAGGGUGAGGUGAUUUCUAUGAACUAUUUUUAGCUUUUAGUCUAAAUGACUGUUUAACAUAAUUAAAACAAAACUUCUGCAUUAUUAUUUACAAUAAUUAUUUAUUAUAUCACUGAUACCCAGGCCAGUGCAUUGGAUGUUAUAAAUAAUGUCAUUUUUAUUAAGUGUGAGUGAAUGUUAAAAUAACACAUAUAUAUAUUUUUAUUCCCAUUAGGUAACUAAAGAUUGAAGCUGUUUUGUAUAUGCACUCUACUCACUGUUUAGUUAAACAAUGAUUUAACAUAUUUAAACAAAUAUUAGUCCACAGAACAUGUUUAACCAAAUCUGACAAAGUAUUUGGGGUUUGUAAUGUUGACCAAUUGCACUUUUGAACACUUUUGUAUUUCGCUGUGACAAUCAUAUUAUUAUUGUGCGUCUUUGAGUAAAGCUAAAUCCACCACAACAUAAUUGAUGUCCUUUAGACGUGUAGCAGGGCUCCACACUUACAAGAUGAGUAACUUUGCCUGAGGACUUGUGUUAGCAACCAGAGCUAACAACAAGGCUUCAGCUCAGUGGGCUAACGCAGUCUUCAGUUACAUCAAUAUCCUGUGUUCAACCUGGUUGUUUACAGAAGCGCACAGCCUAGUAAUUUUAUGAAAGACAAACUGCAUUUAGCGUUUGAGUGCAAUGUUCUAUGGUCGCCUAUAGGUGGUAGCAUGUACUCUGUAACUGCACCUGUAGUUGGCUGGAGUACUUUAGAAUGACUAAUUCAGGAUGUUUAGGAUGCAACUUGCUAGAUAACUAUGAUUAUGGUCUUUUCUUGUUAAUUGAUAAACUGAACUGUCUCUGAACAUUCAUAACAUAAACCAACAACAGGCUAAUAAAGAGGGCAGUUAUGUC